GGGGGUGAGCGCCGGGGAACCCAGGAGGGGCCCCCGAGCGCGCAGGGCCGCAGGUGCCAUGGCUCUGCUCCUGGCCCUCCGGGCUGGCCUGGGCACCCGCCCCUUGUCCCAGGCGGCGCGGCGUGGGCCGCGGCCUGGCGGGGAGGAGCUCGGCCGCCUGGCGAUGGAUGACCUGGCGCCCGGCCCGCGGCGGGAGCUGCUGUUCGGCCUGUCCCCGUGCCUCCUGGCCCUGCGGGCCGCCCGCCGCCGCGUGGCGCGGCUCCUGCUGCAAGCCGGCCGGGCCGGGCUGCAGGGGGAGCGGGCUGAGCUGCUCCGGGAAGCCGAGGCGCGGGACAUCCCGGUUCUACGGGCCAGGCGGCAGAAGUUGGACGCCCUGUGCGGCUAUCAGGUCCACCAGGGCGUGUGCAUGGAAGUGAGCCCUCUGCGGCCCCGGCCCUGGACGGAGACCAUGGAGGCGGGCCCAGGCGACGUCCCCCAGCAGCUGUGGCUCGUCCUCGAGGGGCUCCAGGACCCCCGGAAUCUGGGGGCGGUGUUGCGCUCCGCUCACUUCCUCGGGGUGGAUAAGAUCGUCAUCAGCCGGAGAAACAGCUGCCCGCUCACCCCUGUGGUCAGCAAGGCCAGCGCGGGGGCUGUGGAGGUGAUGGACGUGUUCUCUACCGAUGACCUAGCCGGUUUUUUACAGGCCAGAGCACGGCAGGGCUGGCUGGUGACCGGCACGGUCAGGCCGCUGGGGCCCGAGACUGCCCACGCCCCUGAAAGCCCCGUCACCAGUUGCCUGGAGUUCCUGUGGGACCAGCCCACACUGCUAGUCCUGGGGAACGAGGGCUCUGGGCUGUCCCCUGAGGUGCAGGCCUGCUGCCAGGUGCUUCUUACCAUCCUGCCUGGCCGCCCGCUGCCCGCUGGGCUCGAGUCGCUCAAUGUCUCCGUGGCUGCAGGGAUUCUUCUGCACUCCAUCUGCAGCCAGAGGAAGAUGUUUCCUGCGCACAGGGAGAGAGGGCAGCUUCUUACAGAACCCCCCCCACACAGCUGAAGGACCAAGAGCAGCCUGGUGGGCAGGGCUGCCGUCAGGCUCAGGCAAGCCAGGCCCAAGUGGCGACUGUCCCUGGGCGGUCAGGAUGUGUGCUCGCAGCCCCCAGCGGCCUGUGCCUCGUCUGGGCAUUGACCACAGGCCCCAGAAGUGCAGUCUCCUGCUUUGGUGUUGGACUUGCCACUGGAGCUGGGAGUUUAUUCAUUCCUGGGAUGGGCCAGGACAGCGAGGAAGUGUCCUCCCAAGCAUCGCUGGACGCCACAGGGGAGUGGCAGGGGCCAGGGUGAUAAAGGUAUGAGUGCCAUGGAGCCUGAGGCCUUCUGGUGUGGAGGCCACCACAGUGUGGCCUUGGGUUCAUGUCCUUACAUCUGUGUGCCUGGUGGCCUGCACCUACCUCACAGACUGUUCCACUGAACCAAUAAAGCCUGGCAGGCAGCUCAGCGA